AUAAAGCCCCAUAAUUUAAUAAUUGAUUUCCAUUCCCAAUCUCGCCGCUUCUUCUCUGUAGCAGUUCGCUUCUCCAUCAUCGCCGGAGAAAGACAUGAAAGUCAAGAUCUUGCGUGGCAUGCGGUUGCGUCAUGGACAUGGGAUGCUCAAGAUGAGACAUGUGGGAUAUGUCGUAUGCCAUUUGACGGUUGUUGUCCAGACUGCAAACUCCCUGGAGACGAUUGCCCUCUAAUUUGGGGAGCUUGCAACCAUUCGUUUCAUCUUCAUUGUAUACUGAAAUGGGUUAACUCACAGACGAGUCAAGCUCAUUGCCCCAUGUGUCGUAGAGAAUGGCAAGUUCGAUACGUGUUGAUUACGUUAGGUUUUAUGGUAGUCCUCGUUUGAAAACUUAACUCCAUUAUCAACUUUACAAUACUUAAUACUCACUUCGUCUCGAUUUAAUUGUCGUUCACUUCGUUUCGAUUUAAUUGUCGUUGUAGAGAAAACAUUUAGUUUCAAAAUAAGUGUUGUUUUAGAGUUUUAAUGCAAAAUUUAUUAAUAAGAUUAUUCACUUCAUUUAUCUAUUGGUUGAAAUAUGGUUAGGUGUAUAGGUAAUUGUGUUUUCAAUUUGAAAAUAUACGAAAUCAUUUUUUUUUUGAAACACAAUUUUCAUUAACUUCAAAUUCAACGAUUACAAAGCGAUGAGAGAAUUAAACAUCCUCUCAAAGACAAUUCAUAAAACACACUAGGAAGUACAACUAAGCAUAAUAAAUUUUCACAUGAAGUUGACAGCGAAUUCAAAACAAAGCUUAGAUGCGUCGAUAAGACUUUCACGACAAAGUAGGAGAGUUGAGAGAUAGUCAUAAGUAACGUCGAGAGACAGUCCUCACCAACGAGAAAAACCCAAGUAUUCUCGAUUGCACCUUCAGACCCCGUACAGACCGCUCCACAAGGUAACAAACCGGUGAGUAAACUGAAACUAAAGCUCGGAAAAGAAUCCUAAAUUUUUCUCCAUUCAUAGAAAGGAGACAUGGGAGUGAAAUAUUCUCCAACACAUAGGAGGAGGUGAGGAUUGUGUGCCGACAAGUCCUUACUAGUUUUUGAUGGCUCUGAACUGGAUGCCGGAGUGGAUUCCCACCUACAUCGGACGCCAAAUAAA